AUGGCCCCCAGAAAGAAUGCGCAGUCGGUCAACGCCGAGCUCUCAAUUGUUCAUCUAAAGAACUGCUUGGUCAACCUUCCCCCCACCCUGGUCUCGCUGCUGGUCAAUGUCAAUACGCCCGCUCAAAAUGUCGUUGUUGAGCUCACCUUUCGCGCCCCGGCACCGGGAACACAGGCGUCGUCGGGCACACAUGAGCGAUCAGUCUUUGUCGGCUGGACAGGCAUGCCGAGCAAACGACGAACCGCGACUCCUCUCAAUCGCGACGGUGGACGAAUCUCGUCGCGCGAUCAGGAUAUCCAGCUUGUUGAGAUUGACGCCACGUUGGCGCACACAUUGGGCCUCAGCGACGGCCAGAAAGUCAUGGCCACGGUGCACGUCGACCCUCCCAUUGCACACACCAUCAACAUUGAACCCAUGACGCCUGAGGACUGGGAGAUUAUCGAACUUCAUGCCACAUUCCUCGAACUCAAUCUGCAAUCGCAAAUUCGUGCGCUCCCGAACCCGGAGUACACAGGCUCGGGCGACAAGCCAAUCCCCCCGCAUCCUCUCACACUUCACCUCUCUCCAACGUCGACGGCCAAUAUAAAAAUCAUCUCGCUGGACCCGGCACCUCCAUCGACGGCCCCAUUCGCGAAGCUGUCUCCCAAUGCAGAAGUCAUUGUUGCCCCCAAAACCCGAACCAAACAACCUCAGAGCACAGGCGACCAUCGAAGUGUCGCUAGUACUUCGCGAUCGAGACGAAGCGGCACGAGUACCGUCCGAAAGAAGGGUACAAGAGACGAGCCAAAGCCAACCAUGUUUCUUCGCGCGAUCGACAAGUCAUACUGCGCAGAUUGGUUCGAUGUCUCCACCACAAAUCAAGACCUCGUAGUCUGGGUUGAUCGCGACCGCCUCUUCACAAACGAAUUCCGCGGAGUCAAUUUCGUCACUGUCGAUGUCAUCCGCCCGGCUGGCCUACGAAAGCCGCAACCCGAAGGCGAAGCCGCACAGGCUCAAACACCCGCCUCCUCCAAGGUCAUCGCACGACUUUUGCCCUGGGACGACCCUCCAAGCGGACAAGCCGCGUCACUGUCAGCACCUCUCUGCACUGCUCUCGGAUGUGCAGGUAUUGUGGGCGGCGUGAUCAAGCUUCAGGCGGCGCCACAGCAGCUGGGACGCAACGCCGUCCAGGCUGUCAAAGUCUUCCCCUUCGCCGCGAGCACGAAAUCGACAGAGGGACUGCGAUUCGGCAGUGAAACAAAGGCGGAGAAGGAAGAAUCGGCGAAGCGAUUCAGACAUAUUUACUCUGGCUCCAAGGAGAAGCCUGGUCUGUUGCAAGGCCCCGUAACAGAUGGCAUGGUCGUCGGCCUCUACGAGGGUCUUGACGCGCCUCAGGGCUGGGAGGGUGGUAUUGUUCGAUUCGAAUAUGGCGCCGACCACGAGCAGAACAAGGACUCUACGAGUUGGCUUGCCGGCAUGGAUUACAAGCUGCAGGUUGACUUUCAGCCUCCGGUACCGCGACCUUCUUGGAUUCUUGAGUCUGACGAAUUUGAACUUCAACCUAAACAUGAUUCGGUGCUUGUCGGCAUCGACAAUUUGCUGACAAACCUGGAGGGCCACUUGUCGCACCUUUCUUCCGUCUUGUUGACUGGAACAAUGGGAUCUGGUAAAACUGCAGUGGCAAGACACAUGGCGGAAAAGCUGCGCAAAGACACCCUAUUCUACACAAUCUACUUUUCCUGCCGAAAGCUUGUCACAGACGAGACGAGAGUGUCGACCAUCCGAGAGACAGUAGAGCGCCUAUUCAUGUCUGCCAGCUGGGGAUCUCGUCUAGGGGGCAAGGGUGUCGUGAUUCUCGACGAUCUCGACAAGCUCUGCCCCGUCGAGACGGAACUCCAAGUCGGCAACGAUAACGGACGGAGUCGCCAAAUCAGCGAAGCAAUACGGUCGAUUGUACGACAAUACUGCACACGCGACAGCAACAUUGUUCUCUUAGCCACGGCAGAAGGCAAAGACUCUCUCAACAGCGUCGUCGUCAGCGGCCACGUCGUGCGCGAGAUUGUGGAGCUCAAGGCGCCAGAUAAGGAAGCGCGCAGAAGGGUGAUGGAAACCAUUGCCAAGCAAAAUGCGGUAGCGGCAGACGACACGGAGGACUCUGCCAGCAAUAGCCGACCGACAACCGCCGAUGGUAGCAAUAUUGAGGAGAAUGGAGACUGGCUGCAUGGGGCCGAUCAGCCUCCUGCUACCGUCUCACAAUCGGCCAACAGCGGGUUCAUCCUAGAUUCAGAUCUUGACUUUCUCGAUAUCGCUGGCGAGACAGACGGGUACAUGCCUGGCGAUUUGACCGUCGUCAUUUCUCGUGCCAGAAAUGAGGCCAUCAUCCGCGCUCUCAGCGAGUCUCCUAAUGAUACUUCGGGGGAUGCCAUUCAUCUCAGUCGCGCCGACUUUGACAAGGCUCUAAAGGGCUUCACGCCCGCCUCCCUGCGAAAUGUCUCGCUCCAGAGCUCCACGACUACAUUCAAAUCCAUUGGCGGCCUUCAGGAAACACGCAAGGUCCUGCUGGAGACGCUACAAUACCCUACCAAAUACGCUCCCAUCUUCUCACAAUGUCCUUUGCGACUUCGAUCUGGUCUGCUUCUCUACGGCUUCCCCGGCUGCGGCAAAACACUGCUCGCCAGCGCCGUGGCCGGUGAAUGCGGGCUCAACUUUAUCAGUGUCAAGGGACCCGAGAUUCUGAACAAGUAUAUCGGUGCCUCGGAGAAGAGCGUGCGUGAUCUGUUUGAUCGCGCCCAGGCGGCGCGGCCGUGUGUGCUCUUCUUUGACGAGUUUGACUCGAUUGCCCCCAAGCGUGGCCACGACUCGACUGGUGUUACGGACAGAGUAGUCAACCAGCUACUCACGCAAAUGGAUGGUGCCGAGGGCCUUUCCGGCGUGUACGUGCUCGCCGCGACGUCGCGCCCUGAUCUCAUCGACCCGGCCCUGCUCCGACCCGGCCGCUUAGAUAAAUCUCUACUAUGCGACAUGCCCGCCGCCGAGGACCGUCUCGACAUUCUCAGGGCGCUGUUUGAAAAGGUCCGCCUCUCCGACGAGCUCGCCGAGUCGGAGGAUGCAUGGAAGGAGAUGGCCCGUCGCACCGAAGGCUUCUCCGGCGCCGAUCUGCAGGCGCUCGUGUCCAACUCGCAGCUCGAGGCCAUCCACGACGUCCUCGACGUCAACGGCGGCGGCGCAUCAACCGCCACCGCCGGACGCAGCAAGAGCGGGGGACCGAACGGAGCCAUUAAGCGCGGCUCGGCCCCCAGCUUCGUGCAGUUCCGCUACGGCGCCGACGCCGACCAGUCCGCCGCUGCCAAGCCUGCGGCGCAGAGCCGGUCGGCCGCCCUCGUGGAGCAGGCCGCCAUAACGUCCAAGCUGGACCAGAUCAAGCAGGCGCGCCGCCGGGAAAAGCAGGUGCACAAGGGCUCGGCUGGCGUUGCGAACGCGGCCGGCCAUGCCAAUGGCGAUGGCGAAAAGUCACCGACAGACCAGAAGGAGGUCGUCAUUGGCUGGGAGCACCUCGUCAAGGCGCUCAGCAACACGCGCGCGAGCAUCAGCAAGGACGAGAGGACCCGCCUAGAGCGUAUCUACUACGAGUUUGUGGCAGGCCGCAACGGCAAGAUGAAGGACGGGCAGGGAAGCACGGAGAUUGGAGGCCGCAGCAGUCUCAUGUAA